AUGCAACCGCCACACGAAGACGACGACACCUACAGCGACGGUGCGGGCAAUCGGGUCCCCGCUGCGCUUGCGGCGUCGGAGGUUGUUGCGCCGCGCUACGUCCACCCAGGGGCGCGUGCGCUCUUCGACAAGCUCCCGCUGCUGCGCUCCGCCCCCGUGUUCGGCACCGCGUGUGAGGCGUACGGGCCGAAAUGCGUUGUCUCGGUUGGCCUUGUGGAAUUCUUCUGCAAGGGCAUUGCGAACGUAAUACUCCGCUACUCGCGCUACCCCAUGUUCCGGCAGCGGUUUGGUGUUGACGCGACGGUGUAUCAGCGCCUCUCCGGCGUGGCUAUGAUGGGCUGGUCAAUAAAGUCUCUCACCGCCGUGAUCAGCGACAGCCUCAGCCUGUUUGGCUACACAAAACGCUGGUACGCGGCGUUAUCAUGCGUGCUUGGUGCCGCCUUCAUCCUCGGCUUUGGGCUGCUGCCGCAAACACCAUCGAGCGCGGCGGCAGGAGCUGCCUUGUUGUUCCUCGCCAACUACGCUGUCGCGAACGUGGAUGUCUUGACGCAGGGGCACUACAGCCGUCUGAUGCGUCGUGUUCCUGCCGCUGGCCCCGCCUUUGUUGGCUGGAUCUGGUGGCUGAUCAUGCUCGGCUCCAUCAUUGCCGCCGCGAUUCAGGGCCCGCUAUCUGAUAUGCGGCUCGCGCACGUUGGAGUCAUUGUCGCCGCCGUGNCACAGUUCGCCCCGUCCCUGUUUUUCGUCUUCAACUGGUACGGCGAGAACCCCAACAGUAUCGACCGCGAGGAGGACGCACGCCUGGCGCUGAAGGAGAACAUGAAGGACGUCGUGGAGGCGGAGCCGCUGGAGAUGGUGGAGGCCACCGUGCCGCCGCUGCCAACCUGCUGCUUUGGUGCCCUGGAGCUGAACGGCGAGAUGUGCCGCCGGAACUGGCGCCUCGUGAUGUUCAGCGGCCUCAUGACCGUCGGUGUUGUCGCCCUGACGGUUGUCACGAUCCUCGGCACCAAGUGGCAGCUGCUGUGUGCGAGCGUCACCAUCUGCGUGACGGUGUGCGCGUUCGGCUUCUUCGCCCUGCCGCUCGCCAUCGCGAAGGCGGCGCUCUACAUCUACGUUCACAUGGUCUCAUACGUGCAGCUCCCUGGCGCACUCGACAGCUUCUACCUUGCCGACCCCGACUGCCUCCCCGACGGGCCACACUUCUCCUUCUUCUUCUACAACACCAUCACGAACAUCAUCGGCAACGCCGCCGGCAUCGCGGCAGUGACGCUCUUCACGUACGUCUUCGCACGGCGCUCGUACCGCCUCACAUUCAUUAUCACCACCUUGGUGCUGGUGCUGUCGAGCAUCAUCGACCUCGUUCUCGUACAGCGAUGGAACCGCCCACACGUGAGCGACCACGUGGUGUACAUCCUCGGUGACGCCAUCGUCUUCGAGGUGUGCUCGAUGCUCAACUCGAUGCCGGCCACGGUGCUCAUCUCACGCCUGUGCCCGCGCGGCUCGGAGAGCAUGAUGUUCGCGCUGCUCGCCGGCUACUCCAACCUCGGCUCCAGCAUGUCCAACACGAUCGGCUCGUUGCUGAUGGAGCUCAAGUGGCCCGUGCAGUCGGACCCGGCGAUCGGCUGCGACUUCAGCAACGUGAAGUGGUUGCUGGUGGUGGGGCACCUGCUCUGCCCGCUCGUGAACAUACCGGUGGUAUUCGCGCUGAUCCCACGCGCGCGGCUGUGUGAUGAUCUUGACGCCGAUGGUAACGCCAUCAAGUCAGGUGGACCGCUGAGCGACGGGGGGCUCAGCAGCGAGCCCAGUGGUGCGACCUCCAGCGAUUCCCCGAGGCAGGUGUGA